CCAGAAAAUCUCUUACUAGCGAGCAAAGCGAAAGGAGCCGCGGUAAAACUGGCUGAUUUUGGGCUUGCCAUCGAGGUGCAAGGCGAUACGGAAGCAUGGUUCGGCUUUGCAGGCACGCCUGGAUAUUUAUCUCCUGAAGUCCUCAAAAAGGAUCCCUACGGGAAACCUGUUGACAUAUGGGCCUGUGGAGUUAUUCUCUAUAUCCUUCUUGUUGGUUAUCCGCCAUUCUGGGAUGAGGACCAGCAU